UUUGGUAACGAACUCUUCUGUGUAUAACAAACUAUAAACACAGCUUACGUUCCUCAUUCUUCUUCAUCAAAUUUCCGAUUCCGUUUUCUCUCUGCAUCAAGAAACAUGAAGUUAUUAGAUAUGAAACUCCGGGCAACGAAUGCUGUGAGAGCUUACUUCAACAGGAAUUGGACAAGAGAAGACCUCAUGAAUUUCGGAGAAAUUCCCGAGAUCGCUUACAGAGGCUUGAAGAGGGUGUAUCUUACUCUCUUAUGUGCCAUGCUGAGCUUUACUUUUGGAUACUACUUGCACUUGUUCUGGGAAGAGGUAGGGCCGUUCACAGUCCUUUCUUCUGUAGCAAGUUUACUCGGGCUUUACUUUACAUUACCAAUGGCAACGAGAGUGAAUCAAAGGGUCUCACUGUUGAUGAUUACUGCCUUUUUCUUCGGCGCUUCUAUUGGGUUUUAUACCAAAUAUCUCUUCGUAGUCCAUCAAAACCUUGUUUUCAGCUCUUUGGCAGGUUCAAUAAUGGGCACUGGAAUUCUCUGGUUUGGAUCCUUAUUAUCAAGGGAAAGGAGAGAAAUCUACAUGGCUUGCCUGGUUCAUUCUUAUGCUCUAAUGUACUCCAGCUUUAUGUUGAAUGCUUUAGAUGUCCUUGACAGCCACACAGCUCAUUGUGGGGUCCAGUCCCACUAUCCCUUUUUUUGGUGUCAACAAUUGCUGCAUGCAAUUGUCAAUUGUUGGCAAAUUGCAAUAGCAGCAAUUGUUGAAAAACACAGCAAUUAA